CGCAACCAUCCACAUCAUCUCGAUACCUACCUGGUACCUUAGGUAGUAUCUUCGAUGCCCCGAGUUCGCAUCUGCAUCUGAAUUCACUCUCGAUUUAACCAGCAUUCUUUGGAAAAGAAACCUUACGCUUCGAACCUGUAUCACGAGCAAGCCAGCGGCGAUGUCAUAGAUCAACUACGGUGAUCGAUUGCAUCAUCUCCGCCCUUGGCACCACCGCCCUGUAAAAGCAGCUCGAACCUCAGCAAUCUCCUUUUCGUCUAUCCCACGUCGAUUACAGAACCCACGAAGUAUUUAGUCAAGAUGCCUGAGCCAGAAAGAUCCCCUUUACUUUCUGCUGCCAGCAGCAGCAAAGGGCCCAAAACUCGUGAUUCUGAGGAAUCAUCCGAGGCAACCCCGCUAUUAGCGAGCACCGUCUCAACGCCACGGUACGACGGCGAGCGGGAUAAUGUCAACAACCACGAUAGAGCCUCCGUCACUUCGCGUGCUACAGAGGCGACCUCGGUCAAAUCUACAAAGAGCCGGUCAAUACCAUGGCCAUCCGUCAUCGCCGUGAUGGUAUUGUCGCUCUCAGCGCUUGUUGUUAUGAUCCUCGCUUUCAUCGUUCCCCAAGCUGUCCAAGAAUACGCAAAACAAGCGACUGUUCUCGAACCAACCAACCUUGCUCUUGUAUCCAUUACCUCGGACGGUGUGAGUGCGAGGAUACAGGCCGAUUUUCGGUUGGAUGCGCAGCGAGUCGCAAAUGCGCAUGUGAGACGGGUGGGCAGAGCAGCUACGUGGUUGGUAGGGGAGUUGGGGACGGAGGAGACCAAGAUCAGUGUUUACUUGCCCGAGUACAACAAUGUCUUGCUCGGAACCGCUGGGGUCCCUCCGUUGAGAGUCAGUGUCAGGGAUGGCCACAACAACGCCGUGGACUUCGUGGCGGACCUGAUACCCGGCGAUGCUGAGGGCAUCCGAAUGAUUGCGAAUCAGUGGCUGGAAGGCAAACUGGAUAGCGUUCGAAUUCGGGGCCAAGCCGAUAUCCAACUCAAAGCGGGCGUCGUCCCACUCGGCACACACUCCAUCGCGGAGACGCUGACAUUUGAAGCAGGCAGCAAGUUGCCUCACAUGCCCGAGUACAAUAUCACGAAGCUGAACUUCAAGGAGACGCCCGUUCCCGGCCAGAAUAAGGCAAUGGCGACCGAAGUCACCAUCAAGACCUUCAAUGAGUAUCCGUUGUCUCUCGAUGUGCCCGAGCUUGGGUUCGAAAUACUCGUUCCUGGAUGCGAUCCUGUCGGUUCAUCCAUCCUGGUCGCGGACGCCACCACCAGCCGCGUCGCCAUACGACCUCGCUCAGAGGUGACUGUGGAUGUCCAUGGCCUCAUAAAGGAGUUGCCUGAUUCGCUCACUAAUCUCUGCCCGAACUCGGACUCCUCCCCCCUGGAUAUGCUGUUCAAAAAGUACCUCGGCGGCGAAACAGCAAGCGUCCUCGUGCGAGGCCAAAAGCAGCCGGCUGGAGAUGCCCCCGGUUGGCUGGCGGAAAUUCUAUCCAGCGUUACCGUACCUGUGCCAUUCCCGGGUCGCUCGUUCGACAACUUGAUUCGAAACUUCUCACUGACGGAUGCUCAAUUCAAGUUGCCGGACCCGGCAGCCGAGCCUGACGACCCCGAAUCGAACCCAAGGGUGUCAGGGACGAUCCUGGUCCUUGCAGGGCUUCCUUCCGAGAUGAACUUCUCGUUGAAUGUCACCAGCGUCCGUGCAAACGCCGAUGUGCUAUACAAGGGUAGCAAACUCGGCGAGCUCAAUCUGGAACAAUGGCAAAAAGCGAACUCGACACAGAUUCCAGCCACCGAGGACCACGAAGCCGCGCUGAAGAUCCAGUCGCGAAUCAACGAUGCGCCUCUGAAUGUCACCGAUCCCGACAUCCUGACCGACGUUAUCCAGGCUCUCUUAUUUGGCGGUCGACGGGUCGUGCUGAGUGUGAAGGCUCUUGUGGACGUCAAAGUACAAACGAUACUGGGCGAUCUCGUGGUGAAGGCAGUCCCUGCGGAGGGCAAACUUCCAGUAAAACCCCUUGGGAAUGAUCUUAUGGGUUCCGCUGUGCCUAGGGUUGGAGGCGUCGAAAUCACCGACACGACUCCCACUUCGGUGUCACUACGGGCAUCAGUGAACAUCACGAAUCCGACGCCGUACUCUGCGCACAUCCCUUUUGUCAGCAUAUACAUCGAAAGCAACGGGUCGAUGGUUGGCGAGGCGCGAGCCGAGAACAUCGACAUCAUUCCAGGCAACAACACGGCCCUGCCAGUAUCAGCAACAUGGAGUCCGUCAAUCGGUGGGAAGAAAGGCGUCCAGCGUGGACGGGAUCUGCUGUCGGAGUAUUUAUCCGGCUACAACACAAGUGUCAGCAUCCGCACCCACCGUGGCACUAUCCCCUCACUACCACUCCUAGGGGAGGCUCUUUCCCGUCUGAAUAUCAGCCUCCCGACACCACGGCUGAGAGUCCCCCCCGGAAAUGGAGAUGGCGACCCAGAAGACGACGGCGAACAAGCCAGGUUUAUCCGCGAUGCCACCUUCCACGUCCUCUCGUCCUCAGCUACAUUCACUCUCUUCUCCCCGCUUCUUCACAACACGAUCUUCAUCGAUUCGGUCGACGCCACGGCGCUAUAUAAUCACACGGAGCCCGUUGGCAGGAUACAGUAUGACCUGCCAUUGGCUGUACCACCGGGCGUCUCGCAGACGCCCAAGCUGCCGGUCGAGUGGUCGAUGGACUCGGUUGGAUAUGGCAAGCUCAAGGAAGCGCUCGGCGGGAGGAUGAAGCUGGAUGCGAGGGCUGUGGUAGGGGUAAGGUUGGGCAGGUGGACUGAACGGGUUUGGUAUGUGGGAAGGGGCAUUGGGGCUGGUGGUAUACGGAGCAGCAGCAGCAUGAGAGCCAUCCUGCCGGGCAGGCCCGAGCCGCGGCUCCAGGCGCUGGCCACGGGCUACUGGAAUAAGCGCAUAACUGCCUACAUAACCGGCAACGCCCUCGCCAUCCUGGGCGACUCCCCCGACGAGCUGCUCCAGACCAUCUACGACGACGACCCGGAGCCGCUGCAGGCCGUUGCGCUGGACGAGGCGUCGGGCAAGAUUGCCGUGAGCACGCGCCGUGUUGUGAGGGUGUAUCGGUCGUCUGAGGUGUCCCGGGAGGAUGUUGACGGGCAGGUGGGGGAUCCGCGGUGGGCGCUGCAGGCGAGCCUCGACAUCGACCCUGCGCCUGGACCGGGGGAAGGAGGAGGCGAUGGUGGUGAUGGUGCCGAGGGCGCCAUGGCGGUGUCGCUUUCCUGGGGCGCGUCUGAGGAGCUGUUGGUUGCGCAUGGCUGCUUGUUGGAGCUGUACCAGACCUCGGCGUCGACAUCCGGGGCGGCACAACAGCCCGAGUGUUCGUGGCGGAAAAGGCUCGCCAACCCCGUCAGGCUCGCGAGUCUGUCCUACGACUCGGCGUAUAUUGCGUCGGUGGGGCGGUAUGACCGGCUGGUCAAGGUCUGGCGGAGGCUGAGCUACGGCGCGGGUGAGGUCCGGUUCGACUUUAUUUAUCUGAGACAUCCGCAGCCGGUGACGCGAAUCCAGUGGCGACGGCCGCGUUACAUGUUCCAGACCAUUGAGAACGCGCUGUAUACAUUCUGUGCGGACAAUGUGCUGCGGGUAUGGGCGGGGUCGGCGAGCCAUGGGCACCAGCACCUGCAGCUCUGGGGCGCCCUCGAUCUCGGGGAAGCUAUUCAGGGCGGGGAUGGUCUGCGUUGGGCGUUCAUCAUGCAUGCAGGCGAUCUUACGGCUGCGACCGAGAAGGCCGUUGAAGAGGGGGGGAAAAACGGGGCAGAGGUUGCCGCUCUACAUGGUGCGUUAGAAGACCCCAAAGAGCGACUCACAGAUGCGCUUGGGAAAGGUAUCCAGGGAGGGUUACAAUCCGAAGAAGAGGCUGCUGGGCUGGAGCGUCUCAUCACGCUUGCGAAUAGAACUCCCGAGAUAUGUGUCGUCAUGGAUGGCCGGGGCCGCUUGUCUGGGUGGGCACUCGAGGGCAUCGGGUGCAAGGGCUCCUGGAAGGAUGCAAGAGUUUUCAACGUGACGCACAUGGCGGCCCAGGAGCUUGAUUUCUUGAGAGGGCUGUCUCCAGCAGAAACACCACACGUCGAAGCGCACAGUUACUGCAGCAGUGCUAAGGGACAGCAGGUGCAGAUACUCUUGCAUUUCUUUGACGGCAGGAUCGAGGUCUAUAGCAGCCAUGUCGUCGCCCUAUUGACCCCGAUUCCGAAUUCCAAGAAUCCCAAGGGAAGGCGAGUCAGCCGGCGAUGUCUUUGGACGGGACACUCGUCACCAAUACGGAAGAUUGUGCGCAACUUCAGCGGGAAGGCCAUCGUCUCGCGGACGGAAGACGGGCAGAGCGUGAUCUGGAAGCACGAGCUGGAUGGCCCACGGACAGGGCUCUCGCGGCAGGUGGUCAUCUCACAGCAGGGGCAUAUCCACAGGAUGUGUCUUCUCAGGAAGGGCCGGUUCGUGGUAUUUCUGCGACACGAGAAUAUAUCACUGUGGGACUGCCGGCAGUCGAAGCCAAGCAUGCUUGCGGAGAGCAGAUACGAUAUCCGUGGGAAGCCUCUAUGUCUGCUAAUUCUUCCAAGACAGAAAGUCGAGGACUACACCACGGCCCACAUCGCGACCAUCACCUCCGAAAAACAGGGCGUCGUCUGGGAGGUCAAGUUCCCGUUCUAUUCUCGGACCGACAGGCCCACGCCGGCCAGCAACGGAGCCCAGACCCAGCAACCGUCCAUCCAGGAAUUCACCAAAUUCACGCUCGGAGAUGCAGGUGACCUCGCCUAUGUCCUGCCUGUCGACCCAGCAGGCACCACGCCGCACGUCUCAGGCUUCCUCGACGUCUUUGCCCGCGACGUCGCCAUCUCUUACACUCACUCCGGUCGAGUCGAGUUCUGGACCGCCCGCGUUGGCCACCACAGCAAAGGCGUCGAGUGGCUGUCCACCAGCUCGAUGGAGACCGGCGUGUCCGAUCCAGCUCUCGUCAGCGGAAGCACGAGGAAGAAAGCAGCGCUCGUCAACGCCUCGCGGUCCGCCCUCACGAUUUGGGAUAUCCGCGGCGCGAGGCUGGAAUACGCGCAGGAGUAUGAGAACAGCGGCACAAUUCGCGACCUGGACUGGACGUCUACGCCAGACAUGCAGUCUAUCUUGGCGGUCGGCUUCCCCCAUCGCGUUCUGCUGCUCUCCCAGAUGCGGUUCGACUAUCUCAACCAGGGACCCGCCUGGGCGGCCAUCCGGGAGAUCUCUAUACGCGACUUCACCCCGCAUCCUAUCGGAGAUUCGGUCUGGCUCGGGGAUGGCCACUUGGUUAUCGGAGCGGGCAAUCAGCUGUUUGUGCAGGACCGGCAGUUUGAUGCGUCCAGUUCGCUCGUGACGAGUCUGAGACUGCCGCAAAGGAAAGGCGGGGAGCGUCACUGGGACUUGUUCCAUGUGGUGCAGAGGCUGAACGGACCGUUGCCCGUGUUCCACCCGCAGUUUCUGAGCCAGUGCAUACUGGCCGGGAAGAUCGUGCUGGUGCAUGCCAUCUUGAUGGCGCUGCAUAAGACGCUCAAGUUCUGGGUGGAGGGGGAUGUGGUAGAUGACUAUCUCGGGCUGGCGCUCGAGGAUUUCUACGAAGCCGAUCAUACGACAGCAACCUCGUCGGACAAGGACCCCGGCCAGUACCUGACACGGCGCAUGUCGUAUGACGGUGGCGACGAGCCCUUCUCGGAGGAGGUGGCCGUGGAUAUCAGCGAGCGGCUCACGCGCAUCGGCAUCCCGCAGCUGUCGGGCCACGAGCAGAUCCAGCUGAUGGACAUCGUCGAGUGUGUCGGGCUGGUCGAGAAGCAGCGGCGGUCGCUCGACGAGAACGGUGCGCGCUUCAUCAUGUUCUUCCGGCAGCACGCGCUGCGCAAGGGCAGGACGAACGAGAUCCACAUGGGCUGGCGCGAGAUCAACUGGGCCUAUCACUCGACGAGCCAGGACAUACUGGUGGAUUUUGUGACGAGGCAGAGCCACGGGCGGAUGCUCUGGGAACACGCGAGGGAGAGCGGGCUCUUUAUGUGGCUGGCGGAUAACGCAGCCGUGAAAGCGCAGUUUGAAGUGAUUGCGCGCAACGAGUACACCAAGAACGAGCUUAAGAACCCGAUCGACUGUAGUCUGUAUUAUCUGGCGCUCAAGAAGAAGGCGGUCUUGCAGGGGCUCUGGCGCGUGGCGGCGUGGAACCGGGAGCAGGGCAACACGCAGCGCUUCCUGGCAAACAAUUUUGACGAUCCCAAGUGGCGGACGGCAGCGCUCAAGAACGCAUAUGCGUUGAUGGCGAAGAGGCGGUUCGAAUACGCCGCCGCCUUCUUCCUCCUCGCCGACCACCUCCACGACGCAGUGCACGUCUGCCUCAACCAGCUCAAGGACCUGCAGCUCGCCAUCGCCGUGGCCCGUGUCUAUGAAGGCGACCACGGCCCCGUUCUCCGGCGCCUGCUCGAGGAGGAAGUCCUCACCAUGGCGGCGCAGAACGGAGACAGGUGGCUCGCAUCUUGGGCCUUUUGGAUGCUCCAGCGCAGCGACAUGGCGGUGCGCGCUUUGAUUACGCCCGUGUAUACGCUUCUCGAAACGCCUGGCUCACCCGACCUCAAGUCCCGGCUGUUCCUGACGGACGACCCGGCCUUGGUGAUCCUGUAUCGCCAGCUCCGGCAGCAGACCCUGCAGACGCUCCGGGGCGCGAGCAAGGUCACGCCCAAGGUCGAGUGGGAGUUUGUGCUCCAUAACGCUAGGCUGUACGGUCGCAUGGGGUGCGACUUGCUGGGUCUAGACUUAGUCCGGAACUGGGAGUUCUUACAGCCUCCCGGCGUGACGCCCGGGCUGGGCGGCGAGAUUGACCCGCUCAGGCUGAUGAAGAGGAGGGGAUCGCUAGUGUCGUCGCCCACUGCGGCGUCGCACCAGCCUCUGCCGGCCGAGAUGAAGUCGGGCGGGCACCUACCCAAGCAGACGCAGCAGGCGACGCCGACCGUGUUUGAGGAGCCGGAUGCGAAUGCGUUGCUGGAUAAUUUUGGGUUUUAAGGAAGGUAUUCAAGUUAGCAAGUUAGGGUGGAAUGGUGUCACUAGGUCUACCUGGGUUAGGGUGUGUCGGGCUAGGCGCUGUCUUCGGGUUUGGUUCAAUCAUUGGAGUUGCAUAGUUAGCAGGCGUGCUGUUGUAUGUACGGAUACUGCUGGGAAUUUGCCGUCGUGCAUUCACCGUAAGAGUGAACUUGGGAGAGCUAAUAAGAGUAGUAAGAGAAGCAACAGUAGGCGAUAAGGGGUUUGGCAAUACCUUAGUACCUUACAUACCUUACUCAGAGACUCAAAGCCUAGGAAAUAUGUUGAUUCAGGAACACCACGCUCUCUCCCAUUUACGCCACGCCACAUAUCUUAGACUUGCAGCUAUCAAUGCAUUUGCAGAUUCCUCCUAUCACGCAGCAUCGAUC